CAUGGCACAUGGCGCGCCGGUGCGGCAGAAGAACCAACCACCCGUAAUCUCGUUGUUGCCCCCAAGCCGGGAAACGGGAAAGAGCUCGCCGUGCCGAUGGAGCACCGAAACGCGGGAGUGAAAUCGGGCCGAAAUCCCAACACCCGCAGCGCGCGUCCCCUAACGCCGCACAAGUAUAGCGGCAGACCUGCUACGUUGCGUCCCGCCUCCGCCUAAAUUUAGCUCCAGAUUGGCACUCAACGGUUCAAUGCCAUCUCCUCCCUCCAUUUCCUUUUGAUCCUCCUCCCUCUCUCUCUCUCUUUCCUCCUUGCUGCCGGGAAAUAGCAGCAGCAGCAGCGCAAACGGAGGAUCGCAGCGCAGACUCCCCCUCCGUUCCCGUGGAGGCGGAGAGGCGGAGAGCGCCUCUUAUAUUUACCACCGCACACGCGUCCUGCAGCGACCAGUGGCCAUUCUUGGCUUUGGCCCGGGCUGCGAAGCUACUACCCCUUUCCUCCCCCCUUCAUUUGCCACGGGCAUGGCCUCUUCGGUGGCCGCUAUGCCCCACGAGUCCGCCCAAUGGAGGGACCCCUCCAGGCCCCGAGGAGGCCGCUUCUUCAACGUCCUCAUCCCGCCGCAGCGCCCUUCCUUCUCCGACGCCGGCGGCGGCUCCUCCUCCUGCGCGCCCUCCGAGCCCACGCCCAGGCGCCGCCGGAUCAUAUUGGAGCGCUGGGCCGCCGCCGCCGCGGCAGCCACGGCGGCCGCGCCUCCGGAACCGGCCGACGCGCGCCGGCGCGAGCUGUCCGAGCUCACGUCCGCCACGCGCCCCGUGGCCGCCCGCGCCGCCGUGUUCCGGGAGCCCUCCCCCGCACCCUCGGAAACCUCGUCCGCCGCGGGCGGGCCCGAGCUCCCGCCGUCCGGCCCGCGCGCGUCCUCGCUCAUCCAGCGCUGGCGCGAGAUCGAGGCGGUGGGCCCCGUCACGCCCCGCGCCUCCGGGGACGCCACCUCCGAGUCCGACGGCUCGCCGCGCGGCCGCGUCGGGUGCAUCGUCAAGAAGCUCAGCGGGGCCGCAUCGCUGCCCGAGGAGGACCUGGAGGCGGCCAACAGCGAAUUCGCGCUCUCGCAGUCCGCUCCCGCAUCGCCCGUGCCGAUGGUGCGCAACGCAGCCGAGUUGUCCGCCGCUCGUAACAUGGGCCCGAAGCCGCCGAAGCUGGUAAUCCGGACCGUGCGCGGGCGCCGCGCGAUGGAGGAGCUCGUCGCCCGGAUGGCCCAUCGCCGGAGGCGCGAGCUCGCCGCGCUCGCGGAAAGACACACCGUAUCUCGCUUCGGCCACAAAGGCAGGAUCCAGUCCAUGCUUCGUCUGAGGCUGCUGCGUCAGGGAGAUACAGUAAACGAUGAAGUGUGGAAUCUACUAAGACCGGUUAGGCCAUACCCUCCAAAAUGUGGGCCUGAGGCCCCCGCCAUGAGAGACGAUACCAGGAAGACUGACUUACAAGAAGCAAAUGAAUGCAGUGUACAAAAUAAUAGGGUUGACGAACAACAUAAUGAUGAUAGAAAUCCAGUUGUUGGUAAGUCUACUGGGCUAUCAAUUGAGAACCUUAUUAAUUCUGACGGUUCAGAAAAUCAACAGUAUGAUGAGAAGAUAAAUGCCAACGGAAAUCAAUGCCAAGAAGAAUGUGCAAGCUCGGUAAACUCAUGUGUUCACAAUCAGGAAUAUCCAAAAACAUCAAACUUUGUGAGGUAUGAUGACCGAAGCUCUGUCUAUGACAAUCAAUAUGUGGAUGAUAUCUCUCCAAGUACCACAAGCACAUUGCGUGAACUCCAAGAUACUCCAUCAUCAAGAGGUGAAAUUCAAGAUACCCCAUCAUCCAGAGGUGACACUCUACGAGAAGAGGACAACCAAAGCCUGAAUGGUUCUUGGGAUGAGAGAGCAUUAUGGAUGAGCGGUCUUGGUUGGCCAGCUCCAGUAGAUACCAUGAGUCCGGACAGCUGGCAUCAGGAUACAAUUGGGGAUAUUGAGAAUCACAAUCAGAUUGAAUUUGUUGAUCGUCCUUGGAUAGAGUCCCCUAACUCUUGGAGAUCAUUGCAUAUUGCCACACAAGCAGACUGCCGAGAUUUGUCUGGCAAUGCUGAUAUUUGUAAUCUUCUUGAGAGCAAAAAGGUCUCGAAGUCCCUUGAGAGCGAUUUUAGCAGUAAAAUGAACCAUCUCCUGUUAGCAAUCUUGCAGAAACAAAGGCAACAACACAUGAUUGACGAUUUUGGGGGAUACUACCAGGAACAUUUAUACUGGCAAAGGAAUGAUGGACGCCAGAAUGAAGAUCAGGUGGCAUCCGCACCGUGUUCACUGGCACCUGUCUCCCAAUGCGCAGCCCACCCCGAAGAGAACUGGCAGCACUCUUCAUUUGAACAUCAACAUCACGAAAACCAAAAUUUGCUUUUGCAGGAAAUGGAGGUCAGGGUAAGAAGUGAAAUAGCCCAGAUUCAUCAUGAAAUAUAUGAACUACGAAAGUUGGCAGAAAGUUGUAUUGCAUCCCAAGUAAAGAUUCAGCACUCCAUUAAAGAAGAGGUGUGCAGUGCACUUCGUGAAGCAGGGCUGAUGCCAAGCCAACCUGACAUAACAGCAAACAGGGGCAGCUGCUGCAUCUGCCGUGAGAUGCAAGUUGACUCUCUACUUUACAGGUGUGGUCACAUGUGCACAUGUUUCAACUGCGCUGAUCAGCUAAAAUCGAGCAGCAGGAGUUGCCCUAUCUGUCAAUCUCCUAUCGAUGAUGUUGUUCGGGCUCACCCAAAUUUUUGAGCUUUAGGAUUUAGGAAGGAAGAAAGAGCUGACACUCCCAGCUUUAGAUGUGGAGUUUGCGAAGCCUGAUUUUUUAUGAGGCUUCUUUCAUUUUCUUAACCACUAAAAAUAUACGAGCUAGCCUUUUUUCCAGAAAAUGUAAAUAUGUUCUUUUGCAACUGUCAUGUGUAUCGACCGAGAGGGAAACCUUGAUCUAAUCAAAAUGCUGAUCUUGUUUCU